UUAGUCCCAAAUUCCUCUUAUCCGACGAAAGAGAGGAUAAGCAUAGAAAAUGAAGGAGGCCAUGUCUGCCGCGAACCCGUGGGCCGCGACGGCGGUGGCGCCUCCUUCGAGGCCUCUCCGCUUAGGGCGUCUCGACCAGACGUUGAGGGAGGCGCGCCACCUUAGCCUCGCUGCUCCGUCGCCCCGCCGACCCGCCUUGAAAAGCGACCGUUGUCCUCCCGCCCUAUCUUGCCUUCGCGGCGACUCCGUUCCCACCAACAUAGGAAGUGGGGGAAUUCAGCACGAUUGGGACUGGAACCGUUGGAGCCAGCAUUUCUCCGAGAUCGAUCAGGCGGAAAGCUUCUCAUCCCUUCUCAAGUUUCAACUCGAAGAAGCUAUCGAGAGGGAAGAUUUUCUAGAAGCGGCCAAGUUGAAAAUGGCUAUUGAAGAAGCAACAGCAAAUGACACUGUUGCACAAGUUAUAUCUGAGUUGAAGUAUGCUAUAGCAGAAGAACGUUAUCAUGAUGCAUCGAGAUUAUGUAUUCUCGCUGGAAGUGGGAUGAUUGGUUGGUGGUUUGGCUGUUCUAAGGAUUCUGAUGAUCCUUUUGGCAGAAUAGUCAGGAUAACUCCUGCAGUUGGAAGAUAUGUAGCCAAAAGUUACAAUCCAAGGCAACUGGUAAGUGGAUCAACAGGAACCCCUUUAUUUGAAGUCUUUCUUGUCAAAGAUGAAGCUGGAAAAUACACAACACAGGUAGUAGCCUUGCAGCCAGUAAAAGAAACUUCAACCUUGUCCCAUUCAUCAACUUCGAGAAGUGGAGAAGGUUCCUCCACAAGUGUCUCCUCUAAAUCAUCUAACAGCGACAACACUAGCCCAACUACUGAGGCUCCAGACAAAAGUAGCCAAUAUGUAGAAGAAGAAAACAAAGGAGAUGGAGCUAAGUUGAGCAACGAACAGAACAACAAGGAUCCUGAUGAAGGGUUGAAGAGCAUUAUUAGCUUUUUCAAAGAGAGAAUUCCUGGUUUAAAUAUUAAAUUAAGGAACACCUCUGCCCCUCAGGAAAUGAAGAUGGAUGUGGAAUCACCAGAUCAGUUGUUGCAGGAAGACAAUGAGAAGGAUGCGUCUUCUGAUGACAGCAGUAAGUUAGAAGAUAAUAAGGGAGUCUCAGAUGGUGAGGAUCCUGAAUUUGCAGAAAGAAGUAAAAAUAUGGCUGUAAAGCUUUUUGUUGGUGGAGUUGUUCAUAAUAAGGAAGAUUCUGUGACAAAGUUGUACAGACGAGUACCAGCAAAAAUGGAAUAUGUAGUUAAGGACUCAUUCACAUUAUAUCUUCCUGGACAAAGUGCUGGUUCAAAUAUUGUGGAAAGAAAACCUGCAAAAAUCAGGGUUGCAGCAAUGGCUGCCCAAUCUGCCUCAGACCUUAUGCCGCCGGAUGUGGCAAAUGCAUUCUUCAGUUCAGAUAAAGCUAUUUCAAAGGUUUCUGAAGAAGUCCGUGAAGUUAUGAAGCUUGCAAUCAGCCAGGCUCAGAGAAGGAAUAGAUUAUCUGAAACAACUGUUUUCAGCCGGAUUGUUACUGACAAUAAGAGCUUUGAUCCAUUUGAUGGUCUAUAUGUUGGUGCUUUUGGCCCUUAUGGCGUUGAAGUGGUACAGCUACAGCACAAAUAUGGUAACUGGAAUGACACUGAUGAGUCUGGGUCUGAAAUGGACUUCUUCGAGUAUGUUGAAGCAGUAAAAUUGACUGGAGAUCUGAAUGUUCCAGCUGGAGAGGUGACUUUUCGCGCUAAAAUUGGUAAGGGAAAUCGUUUAACCAACCGCGGAAUGUUUCCAGAGGAGCUUGGUGUGGCUGCAAGUUACAAAGGUGAAGGUAGGAUAGCCGAAGCUGGGUUUAAGAAUCCACAAUGGGUUAGUGGAGAACUGUUGCUGUUUAAUGGCAAGGGUCUGGGACCAUACGUCAAAGGCACAGAGCUUGGAUUUUUAUAUGUUGUACCUGAGCAGAGCUUCCUCGUUCUGUUUGAGAGGCUGAAACUCCCUGAUUAGUGCUUGCAGAUUAUAUGCUUCAGAACAGUAUCCAACUCAACUGGUUUUUUAUCAAUAAAAGUUUGAAGAGCAAAAUCAGAAGUUCUUGGACAACACAAGGCAUGCUUCUUCAUAUCAGUUAAUUUUAUUCUGAAGUUCCUUCUGUUUAAGAUCUGAACAGAAGGCUUUGGCUUUUCCUCAAUUUCUCUUGGAGCUCCUUUCCUACUAAAGUCACAUGGCACUGCUGCAGAAAUUUUGAACAAGAACUUAUAAGCAACUAUUGGGCACAAUCGGUGCAACCUAGCUCUAUGCUGCAUUGGUUUUAUGAAUGCUAAAACUUUUGCUGUGUUGAUCUUUUCGCAAUUAAGCGGCUUCUAUUAACUUUCUAUACAUCUUAAAUUUCUUAAAACAUUUUAUUGGAAGGCGAGAUGGACAACUGAUAGAUUCAAGUCAACAGCAGGUGAGCGAAGUCUGAAAUGGUAUUAUUAGUCCAAAUUUAAUGUUUGUGUCAUCAUCUACGCAGAAGUGGGGAUUGAUUGAAAAGAUUGAAUUGGGAGUUAAUGCCCUGUGUUUUGUAUCAUAUUAAAACAAAUUAUUUCAAUUAUUUUUAUUGUGUGCCUUA